AUGGAUGGUGUAGGGCUUGCGUCACGGCGGCAGGAGGCUGGCAGUGCAGUGCAGGGCGGGGCGGCAGGGCCCCGCGCAGCGUCAAAUCGUGCGGCGGCUGGGGCGGAGGCGCCGCACGAGGCCCGGUCAGCGACAGCCUCCCUCCCUCAAACCCCCGACGCCUACCCCUACUCUACCCGCGGUGCCCCAGAGGCCUACGCCGCUAGUGCCACUGUGCCUCCCCACUUCACGAGGCGCGCCAUAGCCAUGCCAUAGCAUAGAGUAGGCAGCGAGGGUCCGUCCGUCCCUGUGGGAGAAAGGAGAGCCAGUGAGAAGGACCACGCUCAAGCUCAAGCGUGCCCAUCCCGGCCUCCUGCCCUGCCGCUCCGUAUAAGAGAGCUACCACUCGCCAGCCAGGGUUCUUCAAAGAAACUCCACCGCACUCGCCAAGACGCCAACCAUACUGUGAAGUGAGCGUAGGAGGGAGAGGCGUCAUGCAAAUGCUGCCGGAGACGAGGGGGCACCGGAGCAGCGGCGUCGGAGGCGGCGGCGCCGGGGCGGGAGGGAGGGCGGACGCGGCGGCGCAGGGGCACUACCGCGGGGUGCGGAAGCGGCCGUGGGGCCGGUACGCGGCGGAGAUCCGGGACCCGUGGAAGAAGACGCGGGUGUGGCUCGGCACCUACGACACCGCCGUCGACGCCGCGCUCGCCUACGACCGCGCCGCCGUCGCGCUGCGCGGGCCCAAGGCCAGGACCAACUUCGCCGGCGGCCACCUCGCCCCGCACCAGCAGCAGCAGGCGUGCCUCCUGGCUCCCCGGCCGCCGGCGCGGCCCUUCGGCGGGCGCCUCGACGUCGCCCACCCGUCCCCCUGGCACUUCGUCUACUUCCCGUCCAGGCUGCAGGAGUUCCUCGCGCAGCCGCUGCCGGCGGGUGACGCGAGGGACGCCGCCCCGUCGCCGCCGUCCACGGUGCUGGAGCUCCGGACGGGGCCCAGCAGCUGCCCCCAGUUCGACCUCAACGAGCCGCCGUCGCUCAUGUUUGGGUCGUGAUCUCUUCCGCCGCGCAGGGGUGUAGAGCUCCAACUUCCAAGUGUAGGAUCAUGGUAGGUACUACGUACGUAGCGAGUAGAGGUAAUUUAGCGGGGUGGUGGAGAAGACUCGUCCGUGUGCUGUGUACAUAAACUGCUGCCCAUUUUAGCAAAAUUUCACCUUGUGUCGCCUUGGUUGGUGUUCGUUUUUGCUGAUCUCUUGCAGUUCUGGCCUCCUUGGUGGUGUCUCUUUGCAAGACACUUUAACCCGAGACUGGUUUUCUUUGCCGCUUCUAAGCUGAGUUAGUGUUCGUGCGAUAUCCCAUGGAAUGGACAUGGUUCCCUGAGUCGCAUGUGGCCCAGGUGCUCGUCCGUGAGCCCAAGCGUACGUGCGGUGUGGUGCACGAAUGCGUCAGUUUUGGCUCCACAGAGGUUGUUAACCGCAGCGUCAUUGUGUUUAUAAAUUGUUCCUGUCGCAGUAAGCCCCAAUGGAGCACGCGAAGUAUAAAUUUAUAAGCGAAACGUCCAACUAUUUCAAGUUAAUGAUCCUUGUGCUGAAUUGUCUGUAA